GUUUUUGCAGGACAUGGUCUUGAACAGGAGCUCUACAGGGAGAUCUGGUGGGACCUGCCCCUCCGCGGGACUCUCCUUCCCAAGGUGGGGGCGGGACAGGAUCGACCUUCCUGCCAACACUGGUGUAGAAAGCGCACAAAACAAGUCCGUCCAACUACUCCACCAAGCCAAGGGAGGCCUGAUUCACCAGUUUAUGCUAAUUUACAAGAACUGAAAAUAUCUCAGUCUGCACUUCCACCACUACCUACAAGUGCUCCGGUCCAAAUAAAUGGGGAAUGGGAAACCCAUAAAGAUACGACAGGACGCUGCUAUUACUACAACAGAGGAUCACAGGAACGAACCUGGAAACCUCCGCGGUGGGCCCGAGAUGCAAGCAUUAAUAAAGGGGAUUCCCAGAGCCAUGCAGAUCAUGAGCAUCUUUCAUCAGAAGAGAACGACCACAGUUCUUGUUACAGCCAGUCAGAUAGUCAGUAUGGUUCUCCUCCAAAGGGUUGGUCAGAAGAGUUGGAUGAACACGGUCAAACCUUAUAUACCAAUGACUAUACUAAUGAAAAGUGGAUAAAACAUGCGGAUGAACAAGGUAGACCAUACUACUACAGUGCUGAUGGUUCCCGGUCCGAAUGGGAGUUACCUAAGUAUAAUGCUUCACCACAGCAGCAAAGAGAUAUAAUAAAGAGUAGGAGUCUGGACAGGAGGCUACAAGAACCAAUAGUUUUAACAAAAUGGAGGCACAGCACAAUUGUGUUGGACACCAACGAUAAGGAAUCAUCAAUUGCUUCUAAGGCCGGUUUUCCUGAAAAUGAGUCCUCUCCUUCUUCACCAAAGCAUCAAGCCACAGGUCAAGAGAAGUAUGGGUUAUUGAACGUGACAAAAAUUACAGAAAAUGGGAAGAAAGUUCGAAAGAAUUGGAUGUCAUCAUGGGCAGUGUUACAAGGUUCGUCACUGCUGUUCACUAAAACCCAAGGAAGUGGAACUGGCUGGUCAUUUUGCCAAGGGGGCUCAAUUCCUGAGCUCUUGCUCUCGCUGCUUUCUUCUUGGAAAAAUGCUCUCAGUCGUCGACCUGCUGUCACCUAUGUAAACUCUGACCAAGUUUCAGCUAUCACUAAGUUUGGUGUCAAUCAGUCUAAGCCAGAAUUUACAGUGGAUCUCAAAGGGGCAUUGAUUGACUGGGCCUCAAAGGACAAAUCCAGCAAAAAGAAUGUUAUUGAGCUAAAAACCCGCCAAGGAACUGAGCUCUUAAUUCAAUCUGAUAAUGACAGCUUUAUUAACGAAUGGUAUAAAGUUCUUAACUAUACCAUCAACAAUCAGGUAGUAGAGUCUGAUGAAGCAUUAGAAGAUGAUGUACCAGAUUCCCCUGGGAUAGAAAAACAAGACAAAGAAAAAGAGAAGGAGAAUAAAGACUCUAAGAAACUUCGUUCAGUGAAAACACCUAGCAAUAUAGAUUCCACAGAUCAGAAAAAGACCAAAACGAAGCUCAAGAAGUUUCUUACGCGGCGCCCUACAUUACAAGCUGUCCGUGAAAAAGGCUACAUUAAGGAUCAAGUGUUUGGUUCCAAUCUCACCAGCUUGUGUCAAAGAGAAAACAGCACGGUGCCAAAGUUCGUGAAGCUGUGCAUUGAGCAUGUUGAGGAACAUGGAUUAGAUAUUGAUGGCUUAUACCGAGUUAGUGGCAAUCUUGCAGUGAUACAGAAGCUAAGAUUUGCAGUCAAUCAUGAUGAGAAACUAGACUUGAAUGACAGUAAAUGGGAAGAUAUACAUGUCAUCACAGGAGCUCUAAAGAUGUUUUUCAGAGAAUUGCCAGAGCCGCUGUUUACUUAUAAUCACUUCAACGACUUUGUCAAUGCAAUUAAACAAGAACCAAGGCAGCGUGUCCAUGCUGUUAAAGAUUUAAUCAAACAAUUGCCAAAACCAAAUCAGGAUACUAUGCAGGUACUCUUUAGACACCUGAAGAGAGUUGUAGAAAAUGGAGAAAAGAACCGAAUGACCUAUCAAAGCGUAGCAAUAGUUUUUGGUCCAACCUUAUUAAAGCCAGAGAAAGAGACUGGUAAUAUAGCAGUCCACACCGUCUACCAGAAUCAGAUUGUAGAAUUAAUUCUACUGGAAUUGAAUUCCAUCUUUGGACGCUGACAUUUUUCUUGGAAUAGAAAUUGAAAGUGAUGGGUUGGCAGCAGCACUCCAUCAGAAGGAAAAUAUCUCACUGUACAUGAUGUAUUAUGUUUGUGGACCAAGCAGCAACUUGUUUUUUGCACUUUUGGGGAGGGGAGAAACAGGAGAAAUGUUUGACCACUUCAAUGCGAAUUAAAGACAAUAUUUUGGGUUUCUUUGAAAAGUUAAAUGUAAAAAGCGAAUUGAAAAGUUUAUAGUUUGCCUUUUUUAAAGUAGCAUUGGAAAAAUGUAAUAUAGGUUCAUA